UUACAUUUUUGACAUGCUGAUAUUUAUUUGUGUGUCCUUGGAAUCAGAUGUUGCAUCAUAGGGUAUAAUUAUAAUAAUCACCUCUAUUUUUGCCAGAUUUUACGAUGAUAAUUUUUUAUAUUAGCAUAAACAAAUCUUAAUAUAUUCCUACAGAAGCAAAUAACGCAGUUUAUUGUCAUUUUUUAAAUCAUAAAAUCCUUAAUAGCCCAAAUCUCCACACCUGCAAACAGGUGUGGUAACUACCGUAAUGGCUAUCAUAAAAUGCUUGCACUUCUCCAAGUCGCCAGAGGUGGUCGCUGUUGUCCGGGAGACGCCAGAAGGAGCCGGGAAGAAACAAGCAAGCCCGGCAGGACUUCUCUGCUCUUCUACAGUCAACACGGAGAGGAGGACGCAGAUUCAGGAGAGGUCAUCAGGAGUGACACCUGUCUGCAUGCUGACAAGUAGAAGAAUCCACAAACGGAGGAGGGGGUUGCUGCAAUGACAAUGAGGUUGCAAUCACAUUAGGCUGUCAGUGUGCGAGUCGUGUCGGAAGAAGCGGAGCGCUCCUGAGAGCUGGACUGGUCUGGUCUUUAAGUGCAGGAGGACACGCCGGUGGAGCCGCUACCACUUUGGCACAAGUGCUAAGUGCGGAUUGGAAGUCGAGGGGAGGCGGCGGUGCAAUGCUGGUGCCCGCCUGGCAUGUGGUGCUGCUGCUGGGUGGACUGGCAUCACUGAGUCCAGGGUCGCACGCCAACCUGUUGGACUCCAUGCUGCUGAGGAAUGGCUGGAAGGGCGAGUCGGAGCGCAGGUCGGAGGCGAGCGGCGGCGGCGGCAGCAGCAGCGCAGCGAGCGCCACAGUCAGCAACAUGCUGUGGUGUCACUGCAACCGCCAUUGCCCCGAGGACUCUGUCAACAACACCUGCAUGACGGACGGUUACUGCUUCACCAUGGUGGAUGAGGAAGGAGGUCUGGCCGUCUUCGUCACAGGCUGUCUGGGACUGGUCGGUUCCGAGUUCCAGUGCAAAGACACGUGGAACAGUCGCUACAGGGGAGCUCUGGCCUGCUGCAUGGACCAGGACUACUGCAACCAGAAGCUGCAUCCCACUCUUCCUCCUCUCCAGGCGCCAGAUUACGUGGACAGCAGUGGUCAAUACUUGGCUCUGCUCGUCUCCAUCAUCGUGUGCAGCGUCUUCCUCUGUGUCGUCCUCAUCAUCUGCUGCCUCAGGUAUAAGAGGCAGGAGUCUGAGCCGCGCUACAGCAUCAACCUGGAGCAGGGCGACACUUACAUCCCACCUGGGGAGUCGCUGAAGGACCUCAUUGAACAUUCUCACAGCAUGGGAUCUGGAUCAGGAUCAGGGCUCCCUCUGCUGAGAGGGUAUCAGAUGGCCACAGAUCAGCUUCCAUGGUGGAGGCGCUAG